AUGAUCAAAAAACAACCCCCCACCCGAGCAAACAAACAUACACAAAAGCAGAAAGAAAGGGUCUUGCUCAGCAGCAGCAUGGAUGUCUUGGCUAGUUAUAGUAUAUUCCAGGAACUCCAGCUUGUCCACGACACCGGCUACUUCUCAGCUUUGCCAUCCUUGGAGGAAAACUGGCAGCAGACAUGCCUGGAGUUGGAGCGAUACCUUCAGACUGAACCACGCAGGAUCUCUGAGACCUUUGGUGAGGAGUUGGACUGCUUCCUUCAUGCCUCCUCAGCCCCAGAUGUGGAGGACAAUAUCCGACAGCUGGACCCCAUCCUUUUACCAGUGGAGACAAGUACGUGUGACAAAAGCGCCAACAUGGACAUUAUCCUCUCACGUGACAAGCUGCUGUCUGAGACGUGCCUCAGCUCGCAGUCCACCAGCUCUUCCACAGAAGGCUACACAGCCGUGAACCAGGCCCAGCUCAAUGCAGUAACCUCAUUAACUCCCCCUUCCUCGCCAGAGCUCAGCCGCCAUCUUGUAAAAACCUCACAGACUCUCUCAGCGGUGGAUGGCACAGUGACAUUGAAAUUGGUAGCCAAGAAAACUUCACUCAGCUCUGUAAAAGUGGGUGUAGCAACAGCGACUGCGGGGACGAUAAAAAGCGGGCAAAGUGACAGUGAACAAGGAGGUUCGGGGACAGAAACAUCUCCAGAAAACAAGAAGAGGGUUCAUCGCUGUCAGUUUAAUGGGUGCCGGAAAGUUUAUACAAAGAGCUCCCACUUAAAGGCUCACCAGAGGACUCAUACAGGUGAGAAGCCUUACAAGUGCUCGUGGGAAGGGUGCGAGUGGCGUUUUGCACGGAGCGACGAGCUCACAAGGCAUUACAGAAAGCACACGGGUGCAAAGCCCUUUAAAUGCAACCAUUGUGACAGGUGUUUUUCCAGGUCGGAUCACCUUGCCCUCCACAUGAAGAGACACAUCUAAAUAUCAGUCAGCUUGGCAUGGGUGUCAUCUGGGCUAAGUGUUGUGAGAUGAAAGUGGAACUCAAGUUACAACGUGCUACCUUACAGGAGAAGAGAACUUGAUCCCGUGUAAUCCUCUGUACAGGGGCCACAUGCUCACACUGUCUUGCACCCAGUUAUACUUCAAUACGUACAUCGGUUCUUUUAUGCCUUGCCCCAGCUGGAUGGGAGAAGAUGCAGGCGAGGAAAUGGUGUAGUGGUGAAGUCAGUGGAAAAGAACAAUAACUUACAGUACUUCAUCCCUCUUGGAUUUGUUUCCUGGUUUUGCCAACAGAAAUCAAAGAAAACACAGGAGGCUUCCCUGCACGUGGACAGCAGUAGGAGGGGCUUAUCUAACUUGCUUCUCAGUGCAACUCAGUAGAAGAAUAUGUCGUCUUGAAGUUGCAUAUUUGUAGCACUAACUUUCUUUUUAAAUAGAUGGGGGAAAAACAAUGACCUAGAAAACCAAAUCCCAGUUUGGUAGCCAAAAUUAACCUCUUGGUUUUUUUGUUCUUUGUCUGAGAAUUCCUAAUGUUCAGUGCAUCAGACUUCUCACAGACACUUUGACCUGUCUUGGUUUUGGUUCUUCUUCCUAGAACUGAGCUAUUGAGAUCCUUUUAAGUCAAUACCGGUGGCCUUAAUGGCAGUAGACUGUGGAGUGACACUUGUGACACAAAUAUCCUCUUCUUGGCCUGAGUUUAUGUAGACUUCAUGGAGGAUUAUAUUUUUGUUGGUUGUUUUUAUUUUAAUUUUUGUUUUGGCUAUUGCACAACAUAUGCACUAGGGACUCUGGAAGCUGCUGCCAUGAUGGCUAAGUAGCCAAGGGAUAAACCCCUAAAAAACAGCACCUAAUAUCUCUGUAAGCCUCACCUUAUUGCCAUAGCUAGGACUUCUUGUUUAUUUUUUGAACAAAAAACUCUAAAAGCUUGUUUGGAAGCUUAAACUUUUUUUCUCUUUUCUCCACAAGCAAGUGAUCUUCAGAACUCCUUGUCUUCACCUGGAUAUCAGUCUGGGACUGGCCACACAGGCAUGACUACAGGAUUCCUUCCACAUCAUAUGAGCAUGUUAGCCACAAUCCACGGUGAUUUAGUGGUGAAUUUUGUUGCUUUUUCUUGCUGUUCUUCUAGUAACCAAUUUAAAACAUUAGACUUUUGUUUGUAUAAAGAGCACCUGCAGAAUGUUUUAAUUUAAAGCUUAUGUUUGUUGAACAUCUUAUACACAAAAAACCCCAAGCCAAAAAUCCUACUCCAGGCUUUGAGUGGGAAAUCGAGAACCUCUUCCAAGUACAAUGGCUUCAUUCAGCAUUAGUCUUUUAAAGAAAUUAUCAAAGUCCUCCUUCUCCAUUCAUCAAGUUGAUGCUGUAGCCCUCUCCUAUAUGAAAAAAUGUAACCAUGUGAACAGUGAAGGAAGGAAGGGAUUUUACAUACAGCAGUGAGGCUUUUCCAAAUGAUUGGUCUAAAGUAUUACUGACCUAGAGGUCCAUUUUGGCCUACUGUGUGAACCAUCAAGGAGAAGUGGAGGUCUCAUGCUCACCCUUCCGUCCUAUUGAUAAUUUGAUUUCGUUGGCUCAAAGUGGAUUAAAGUCUUCAUUAUAAAGGAAAAAGAAACACAAAAAAAUGCAUUGCCAUAAAUUGUAUUUGAAACUAUUUGACACUGGCCCUGACUCCAAAGACUGCAUUUAGGACCAUAAAAAUGGCCUAUGCAAUCAGGCAGGUGGUCAUUAAGUUGUAUAUUUUGUAUAUUCUGGGACCAUCCCUACAAGGUGUCUAGAAAUGAAACGAAGUGGCACGUGGUCCACAAAUGGUUGCUGCUCUUUUAUACUGUAUUAGCCAACUGCCCUUUGACUGUUUUGACUCAUUGACUGUUAAAUAUUUCCCUUAAUUUAUGUUUUGGGAGGUAAAACUAUACUCUUAGGGGAAAAAAGAGCAAACAAGAAACGGAAUAGAUGUUUAAGAGCUGUCACCGGGAUCCUUGGCGCUUGAAUUCUCAGCAUUUUGCAACCUCUGGUUCCAGUGAGAGAUUGAAUUUACUCAAAAGAUGCUGGUUUUCCUCACAGUUUUCGCAAAACACUGUGACUGUCAACUGAACACUUUGGGGACGGGGGGAAAUACGAUGUCUGGCCCAUAUGGCAUGAAAUAUGGACCAAAAUCUAACCAUCUUUUAGGGACAGUGAUGUAAUAGUCACAAUAAGAGCUUGAGAGAGAGUGAAAGAAAGAAACGAAAGUCAGAAAGAGAGAGAACAAAAAUUGAGUUUAUUCCAAAGAUUUAAAACUAACUAUACUCUAUAUGUGUAUAUAUAUAUGCUUACAUAUAUAUAUAUGUAUACAUUUAAAAAUUGCAGAGCACUGCUUGCUGACAAUCUCGUAUUUCUCUACUUCUGUAUUUGCAUACUUUUUAUGGCCAUUUCACCCAGCUGUUCCACUGGGACUGAGGGCCCUAGGAUCGAAUUUGUGAUGGAACAUACAGAGCAUCCUGCCAGAUCACAGACUCACACAAAAUCCUGAGUUGGAAGGGACCCCCAGGGAUCAUCAAGUCCAACUCCUGGCCCUGCACAGGACACCCCAAGAAUCCCACCA